UACUGUCAGUGCCGCCCUUAGCCAUGACUGGAUGGGAUUCCCCUCCCCAACGGAAGCUGCGUAGGGCCAACCCGAACUCUGGUUUACUCUUGUGUAUGAUGGCGGCCCUUUCAUGUUACCCCCCUGAGUGGGAUGAUGAUGAGCGGAUGUCUUUCCUGUUUUCAGCCUUCAAACAAACACGGGAUGUAAAUACCUCUGAUUGGGAUGGCAAGAUGAAAUUUUGGAUCCCUCUCAUUCUUAAACAUGCCAGGGCCCAAGGACUCCUUAGUAUUUCACUUAGCCAGCUGGAAAGGGACUUCAGGCGUAAAGGCUUUGCACCGCUGGGACUGAGAAUUGUUAUCCAGGAGAUGAUGAGGCAAGGCACUUUGAGAAAGGAGUCGGAUUAUGUGUCGAAUGUCAGCAGUGGGUGGCUGUCAUGGGGGAUGAGACAGCUGGUCAUCAGACCUCUUCGCUGGACGAUAGGGACAGUGCUGGGAAGCCAGAUGGGCCCUGAUGAGCCCCUAGUGAUUCCUGAAAUCAUAAAGGAGCGGGCAGCUUUGGUGUUGCAGCGAUACCAGUCAUCUCCCCUGCGGGCUCUCCCAUUGCUGAGUGAGGAGGAAGUGCGCACCCUUUGUGCUGAGAUUUGCCCCAACCCCUCUGCUUUGAAUCUGGUGCUGCUUCAGCUACAGGGAGAUAAGAAGAUUUGUGUUUUGGAGAGAGCAGGAAAGAAGUUAGUGAAAUUUGUCCGAGUAAGUGUGGGGCAAGUGGACCCAAUCAGCGAAUCCGACCUGGGAAUAUAUGAAUUACAGCAGAGCGAAAAACUUCUGUCUGAGCGACUUCAGAGUGCAGGCGAGGAGUCUGAUAGGCUGACAGAGGAGGCAAGAACCUAUAACCGGGCGGGAAACAAGCACCAGGCUCUGCGCUGCUUGCGAAAGAGGAAGCUGUUAGAGCGUCGCAUUACAGAGCUGCAGAACAAGCAGGAUACCGUACAGGGAAUCUUGGAGAGGAUAGCGGCUGCGGAAACAGACCGCAAGGUUGUCUCUGCGUACCAGAUGGGAGUCUCUGCUCUUAAACUGGCCCUAAAGGAUGUCACUAUGGAGAAGGCAGAAAGUAUUGUAGAUCAGAUUCAGGAGUACUGUGACCUUCAGGAUGACCUCAGUCAGACACUAGCCUCAGUCAGUGAUGCGGAUAUUGACUCUGAGGAUUUGGAGAAAGAACUCAAUGACAUUCUCCAAAAUAAAGAGAUGAUUGUUGAUCUUCCUGAUGUUCCUUCAGGCCCAGUGGUCAUUUCUCCCCAACGCCCUACAGAAUGGGAGACAGACCAAGAUAUUGACUCUGAGGAUUUGGAGAAAGAACUCAAUGACAUUCUCCAAAAGGAAGAGAUGAUUGUCGAUCUUCCUGAUGUUCCUUCAGGCCCAGUGGUCAUUUCUCCCCAGCGCCCUACAGAAUGGAAGACAGACCAAGCUUCUCGUUCUCCAGCAGAUGGAUCAUUCUCGAGGUCUGUUCCAGAGCCAGUGCUACAGUGACACUUCCAAAGAGCCGACUGCUAUGGUUGCUAUGGUUGUUUGUCACACUCAUAGGACCUAUGCUGAAGAACCACUAUGACUAUAAAGAACCACCAGAGUGAUAUAUUAUGUUCUUUAUGGUCAUUUACUUGAUACCCCAGACCUUUCUAUAAGCCAUGAGAGGGCAUAUAGUCUAGAACCACUACAAUGCUGCUGAGUUUGGGCUAUUCAGGCUGGUUCUACAUGUUACCCAGAGACAAUUGUAAUACAUAUUUAUCAUGUAAACCUUAUUGUCCAUUCACAACCAAAUCAUCUGUUUCAUUCAUGAUUUGAGACAAAUUAAUACAUAAAAAAAUAUUUUGCCAAACAGACACACAGUGAUUACUAAUGAGCUAGCCAUUUUGCCUCUGCUGCAGUGUUGGGCAUAGGGAAUCAUGGGUCAAAUUGGUACUGAGUUACUGUUUGUGCCAUGGGCAGGUAAAGUUGUUGUACCGUGUUAGGCAGUCAAAAGGUUACAGGGCAACCCUUUGAAAAAAUAAAUAAAUAACAAAAGUGGUGUGAAAGUGAUACCUUUAUUGGCUAACUAAGAUAAUCAUAGUUUUCAGAACUUUUUAGUUCCUUUUUCAAGCUGAUUAUACUUUCUGAAAGCUUGCUAUGAUAUCUUAGUUAUCCAAUAAAGGUAUCACCUUUAUACCACUUUUGUUAUUUUAUAUUUCAUAAGGGUUGCCCUGUGCUAUGGGCACAUAUAGGCAUCCUUGUACUUUUCUGGAAUUUAAGAUAAAAAUAAUGUUAACCGUUCACAUAAGAGAGUCCUUUUUUUAUUUGUGUAUUUAUAAAAAUCUGUAGGAAAUGUUGGUGUGCCAGAAAAGCCUUUGAAAGGAUAAUACUGGUCGUUCUCUGAGAAAUGUAUUAUUCAUGUUGUCGCUUAGUAAGGACAAACAGGCGUUCUGCCGUUGCUGUUUUGUGUGGCCACUGGAGGGCAGUAGUGAAUUAGGCUUUGCUUGUAUUGUCUGCAUGACACCAUGCUUAGUUAACACUCCUGGUGGGGGCCUGUUGAAAGGGUUUUUACCUUCUCUGGGAAGAAGUACUAACCUUUCUAUAUAUUAUCUUUCCCUUAAUAACACUGGUAUCAUUUGCCACUUUGACUGUAUAGGCACAUAAAAUACUGGCCAAGUGGCAGCCGAACCUAUUGGUAGUCCAGUUGCCAGUUCAACCAGUGCAAUGCUGCAUCGGUAGCACCAAGAGUCAUUCACCCCAGUACAAGGAAUAACUCACCAAUCAAAACCCUCCAUUGUAUCUGUGUGAUGCACAGUGGAUUUCUUGUCCUUUGUAUCAUUUAAAUGGCAAUGAUAAUUCAUGCAAUCAUCGCCUUAAUAAUUAUUGUCUCUGUCUAUUUCCCAAAUGAAGGCUAAAGAGCAAAUACAUCAAGUAGAAGGUACUGUAUUAUUAUUAUUACAGAGAAAAAUGAAAUUAUUUUUCCAAAUUUGAAUUAUUUGUCUAUAAAGAAGUCUGACGGAGGUGGUCUUCCCAUAAUUCGGAACUUUCUGGAUAACGGGGUUUCCAGAUAACAGAUCCCAUGCCUGUACAUGCAAAUGAUACCUAAAGAGCAGAACGUUUUUUUUUUUAAGAUCCUUAACGUAAAGAUCUAUUUCAUUGACGUACAGACCAAUCUGUGCAUGGCUCAGCAAGGCAUUUGAAGCAAGAUGGCUGUAGGCAGCCCAGGGAGGAAGCAAUGCAUUCUAAAUAAUGGCCCUGGGCAGAGCCCUUGUCUUUCCUACAUUACUUUUUGUCUGCCAUCGCAAACCCAAACACCUUAACCCUAGCUCUGAAAUACAACUACUUGUUUGCUAAGUUUUGUUAACUAUUAACCCUUUGCUGGAAUACUCCGGACACUAUUUCCGCACUAAAGCAAAUAUUUUCCACUCCCACAAUAACGUUAUAGCUCAUAAUAUCACUUAUUGCUUUGCAAGUCAUUCUGAUGCAUGGAUCUCUUUAAGAAGUAAUUUAAGAACUAAGUAGAGGGAGCAAGUGAGCCUCUUCUCUGUGUCACCAUGCAGGCACCCAGUCUGUGGCUGGUUACAGUGUGUAGGAGGCUAAUUACAUUAACAGAUUGGCCUUAUUGUCUGGGCUGGUUUUGAUAGAAAGAGAAGAUUAGGCAAUGGGUGUUGUGCUUCCUCGGGCUAGUAAAAGUGACAGUAGCAUUAGGACUCAUUAAAGGGGAACUCUGGCUUCUGAGCCCAAAGUUGCUAAAGAGCCUGACACAUAGAAACCCCUAAUAUACCUAUUAUAGUAAUAUGUUUAUUCCAAACAUAUGAAUAAAUAACAUUUUUGUAUGU